GGAGGUUUCCGGUGGUAAACGAAAUCAUUUCUUUUUUGCUUUUCUCGUCAUCCCUCGCCGCCGGCGCGCUUUGUUGGCGGAUCGAGGGUGAUGAUUUGACCGUUUUGGAGCUUUGUUUUUUUUGGCGGUGGUCCCUUGUUCUUCACCUUGCUUAGUUUGAUCUUAUUCAAGUCGACCCACACUAGGGCUUCGAUUCCUUUAUUAUCAGCUUCUGCGUCCAAGGCAUUUUCGACAAGAAAUAUUUUGUUUUUGAGCCGCAUUCCGGCCUAAUCUAGCAGAUCGAAGGGCGGUUCUGAAAUUUCAGGCUUGGUGGAGUGCUAAACCAUGUCGGUCAUCAAAGUUGAAGCGGCUAAGCAAUACUAUGCGACCAGUAGUCUUGUUGUGAGUUAUUCUCUGUGUUCAAGCUUGCUCGCCGUCAUCAACAAAUUUGCCAUCACCAAGUUUGAUUAUCCUGGCCUUUUGACCGCAUUACAGUACCUUACUUCUGCUGCUGGUGUCUGGAUUAUUGGAAAACUGGGAUUUCUCUACCAUGAUCCUUUUAACUUAGAAACCGCUAAAAAGUUCUUACCUGCUGCCAUUGUCUUCUAUCUUGCUAUUUUCACAAACACCAAUCUUCUUCGGCAUGCUAAUGUGGACACUUUUAUAGUUUUUCGAUCUUUGACACCACUAUUGGUGGCUAUUGCUGACACUGCUUUCAGAAACCAGCCAUGCCCUUCCAAACUCACAUUUUUAUCUUUGGUGAUUAUACUGGGUGGCGCUGUUGGGUAUGUGAUGACUGAUUCAGCUUUCACCCUCACUGCUUAUUCAUGGGCUUUAGCUUACUUAAUCACAAUCACAUCGGAGAUGGUUUACAUAAAGCAUAUCGUCACAAACCUAGGCCUGAACACAUGGGGCUUUGUUUUUUACAAUAAUCUAUUAUCGUUGAUGAUGUCACCUUUAUUCUGGUUGAUGACUGGAGAAUAUGCUGAUGUGUUUACUGCUGUUGGAUCGAAGAAGGCCUAUUGGUUUGAUUUUGGCGCUUUUCUUGCAGUCAGUUUGUCCUGUGUGUUUGGAUUUCUUAUCAGCUUCUUUGGUUUUGCGGCGAGAAAAGCUAUAUCUGCUACAGCUUUUACAGUUACAGGUGUUGUCAAUAAGUUUCUUACAGUUGCAAUCAACGUCUUCAUAUGGGAUAAACAUGCGACUCCAUUUGGUUUAGCUUGCCUACUUUUCACUCUUGUAGGAGGGGUUCUUUAUCAGCAAUCAGUUACUAGUAAGAUGGUUUCUUCAGCACAUAGUGACUCUGCUUCUGCCAAACUAGUAAAUUUUGUGUCUGGAAACAGUGAUUCUGAUGAUGAGAAUCAAAAUUUGGGCAUCUCCCGUAAGGAUUCUGUUGUAUGAACUCUGUAUCUAUGUUAUUUAGCUAUGUGUUGUUGUGAUAGGGUUUCUUAAUCAUUUUUCUGACAAUAGCAUCUUGUAAUUCUUUUGUUAUGAAAAAUCUAUGGAGCAGUUUUUUACAGUAAAA